AUGAAGUCCACUUCCGACUCCCCUUCUCCAAUUUCAUCCUUGGAACUCGACUUCCCCAGUCUGAAACCCCCCACUUCCCUCUCUCUCCCUCCUACUCCUUUCUUUUACGAACCCACUUCCGUUCUCGACCCCAACCUCACUUCCCACGAUUCCCAUCUCACUUCCUCUUGGGACUUCCCGGAACCCGAUUGGUCUUUCCUUUUACCAGACCCUCAAAAUCCCGAUUAUACCCUUCCUCCUCCUCCUCCUCUCUUCGAUCUCUCCCAUCUCGAUCUCCUUCUCUCCGCCGCCUCCCACGGCUCAAUCAUCUCUUCCCUUCCAUCUCCGGCCCUCCUCUCCACCGCUCCUCCCUCCUUUUCAAAGACUCUCUUUCCUCCCUCCUCUCCUCCCCUUCUCCCCCUCUCCCCUUCCCCCAUCGAUCUCGUCCGCCGCAUCUCCGCUCACAAAUCCCUCUCCGACCUCUCCCCCAUCCCCCAGUUCACCAGCUUCACCGCCAACCAAACCCUCCUCGAAUCCCUAGUCUCCACUUCCUCUUCAAUCCAUCUCAUCGACUUCGAUCUCUCUCUCGGCGGCCAAUGGUCCUCUUUCGCCCAGGAAAUCGCCGCCCGAUCUCGCUCCUCCCGCUCCCCUCCUCCUUCUCUCCGCCUCACCGCCAUCCUCUCCGACGACUCCCCGGACUCCUCCCUCGCCGCCGACAACCUCCGUGACUUCGCCCGCUCUCUUGGUCUCCGCUUCUCCAUCGAUCUCGUCCGCGUCGCCUCUCUCGGUACCUUCGCUCUCUCCAGCGUCCGUCUCUCCACCGCCGACUCCACCGGCGUCGUCCUCUCCCCGGCCAUCUUCCGCGCCAUCGGCCCCGAUCCCGCCUCCUCCGCCGACCUCCUCCGCUUCAUCCGCCGCACCUCCCCACGCUCCGUCGUCUUCGUCGACACCGAGCCCUGCUCCUCCUCCCCCUCCUCGCCGCCGAGUUUCAAGCGCGCGAUGGCGAGUGGGAUCGAGUUCUACUCAUCUGUUCUUGACUCGCUUGACUCGGCUGCACUCGCCACUGGACUCGGCGACGACCAUGUACGCCGCAUCGAACGGUUCCUGAUCCGUCCACGUGUCACCUCAUGGGUCCAGGCUUGCGGGGCCCACCCAACGCCGUGGCGGGAAACGCUCGCGUCCGCCGGGUUUUCUCCCGCGCCGUUCAGUGAGUUCACCGAGUCGCAAGCCGAGUGGCUCCUAAGGCGGGCCCCAGUUGAUGGCUUCCACGUGGCGAGGAGAGAUGGGGCAAUGGUGCUGAGCUGGAAGGGUAGGGACCUAGCUUCCACGUCAGCUUGGAGGUGCUGAUGACGUGUCCCUACAUGCCGCCCUGAUUUGUCGGUUUAUGGAUCGUUUAGUCCCUUUGUCGUAUUUUUCCUUUUUUUUUUUAUAAAAAAAGAAAAGAAAAAAAAUAGUUUUUAGUUUUUUUUUUAAAAUAAUAUUUUGAUGUUGUAUUUAGAGAGGCAGAGAGAGAGAGAGAGCGCCAAAUAAGUCACUCUCUCUAUGACUUGCAAUGUAACUUGUCUUUUUCCCUCUUUUUUUUUAUAUAAAAAAUUAAACUAAUUAAA